AUGUCUGCCAACCCCAACAUGGUGAACGCCAAGCAGCCCGUGAUGGUCACGAUCCCUGCGGAUGCGAAAAUCGGUAUCACUGGCAGGACGAACGCGGACUACCAUCAAAAGGUCACCGUCAAGGAUGUGACCGGAACGACUCAAUAUGUCUUCCAAGGAAGCGGCGAGGGGAAGGCGUUGACCCUGCACGGAGGGAGCGACAACUCGCGAGUGAGCCUCGAACCUAUCACCGGUGGCCGAAUGCGCACGUUGGCCAUCAACUUCGAACACUCCAGCGAGGGCCCAUCCGGUACCUUUACCGACUCACUGGCCCUGAACCCGACAAUCCAAACCAUCCACGAUGCGAGCAACAACGUCAAGAACAUGUACUGGGAGAUCGCCAGUGAGGACAACGUCGACAUGGACUACAACGAUGCCAUCAUUCGCAUCGAAGCCGACUUCUAA